UCGACGUACAAUCAACACGAUUAAUCGAACACCCUGAAUCAAUCAUACGAUCCGGUAUUAAGUGGACACCACCGGCGAUAAUCAAAGCAAUUGGUUUUGCAGUCUUGGAGGUCGUGUGUGGCGCGUUGGGCAUGGCUUCAUUUUUUGCCUUCUCAGCAAGUCACUUAUCAAGAACUGUCUUUUGCUUAUAAGAUGUCUUUUGUUAAGGGUAAGUUAACUGAAGAACAGCAGAAACGAAUAGCGGCCAACCGGGAGCGGGCUCUACAGAGACUACAGAAUCGAAAUGGACCCUCUCCGCCACAACAGCAACAGCAGCAACCGCAACAACCGCAACCGGUUCAGCAUCGAGUGAUUCCUGCUCUUCCCAAGGUAGCACUUACUCCCGAACAGAAACAAAGAAUCGAGGCCAAUCGAUUGAAAGCUCAAGAGAUCCAGAAAAGAAGACAGGAACAGAAUCGAGAUGGCGCUUCUUCUCAAAAUAAGAAAAGAAAAGAGUAUCAGCCUCCGCCGAUAAACAAAAAAGAUUAUAUCGAAUAUGAUUUUUCCACCAUGAAGGAUUCCAAAGGGGGGUUCUUAAACCUGGAAGAUCCUCCUGCCAACCAGGACCCGAAAACAUUGAAGGAUUGGGAACAAGAACAAGCCAAUAAACAGAUUCUAGUGAAGGAGGACGCGCCUCCUCUAGAACCCGAUAAAGCCCCCCAAUGCUUUGAGUGCCAGUCGAUUGAAAUUGAUCUAAAUCUAUAUAACAACUUCAGAAACGUUCGGGUUUGUAAAAAAUGUAUGAGAGAACUCCCUGAUAAAUACUCUCUUUUAACUAAAACUGAGUGUCGCGAAGAUUACCUUUUAACUGAACCCGAAUUACAAGAUUUAUCGAUUCUACCGAGAAUUGAAAAACCAAACCCCCAUGGGUUUUCAAGAAUGCAGCUAUUUCUUCGUUUCCAAGUAGAAGAGUUUGCUUGGAAAAAAUGGGGGUCCGCUCAAGGCCUAGACGAAGAGUGGGAAAGGAGAGAACAGGCCAGAUUGGUUCGAAGAGAUAAAAAGUACCAGGCCAAACUUAGAGACAUGAGAAAGAAAACUAGAGCAGAAGAAUACACCAGAAAACUAAGAAACGGAAUGGGGUUGGGCGAACGCCAUGUCCACGAUUGGUCUGCUCCAUUGACGGUCGAAGACUCGGCCCGCCACAUCGUGAAGAAGCGGUGCAUCGACUGUGGGGUCGAAACCGAAGAGGUUAUCAUAUAAUAUUAUUAAUCCAUAUAUUAUCUAUAAUGGAUCCAUCAAUGUAUAUAUUAUCUAUAAUGUAUCUAUUAAUGUAUCUAAUGUAUCUGAUGUAUCUAUUGAUUUAUUAAUGGAUAUGUAUUUGGCUGCUAAAGAAAGGUAUGGAACCUCUGGAUCCGGCACCGCACGACUGGCUUCCAAAAAUUAAUGGAAGCUAAUGGAAGCUUCUUUUUUUUUUUUUUUUUC